AUGUCUGCAGAACAAUUCGAGGUGCACGAAGAAUUGGGACGCGGCGCGUUUGGGGUGGUUUAUCGCGCGGUGGAUAAACAGAACGGACGGCCUGUGGCCAUCAAACAGGUCGAUCUCGAGAGUUCCGACGAGUUGAACGAGAUCCAACAGGAGAUAAAGAUUCUCUCCACCUGUCAGCAUAGCAACAUCACGCGGUAUUAUGGCUGUUUCCUCAAAGGUUACAAGCUGUGGAUCAUCAUGGAGUAUCUGGGUGGGGGGUCGUGCUCAGAACUGCUCAAUGCAGGCCCGUUUGGCGAGAAAGCCAUCGCAUACAUCAUGAACAAGCUACUCCAUGCUCUGGUGUAUCUACACGAGAACGGCAAGAUUCACCGCGACUUUAAGGCGGCAAACGUGUUGCUGAGCGAGACCGGCGAGGUCAAAAUCGCCGACUUUGGCGUGGCCACCCAGCUCUCCAACAACAUGUCCAAGCGAAACACGUUUGUUGGCACCCCGUACUGGAUGGCCCCGGAGAUCAUUCUCCACCAGGCGUACACUUACUCGGCAGACAUCUGGUCGCUGGGAAUCACGGCGAUCGAGCUCGCGUACGGCAAACCCCCGCUGUCACAGUACCAUCCGUUUGACGUUCUGUUCCGCAUAGCAGAAGACGAGCCACCGCAGCUGGACUCGGGGUUUUCCAAGGAGUUUCGGCAGUUUGUGAGCCAGUGUCUGAAUAAGGAGUCGAAAAAACGGCCGACCGCAGCACAGCUGUUGCAGACGCCGUUUAUCAAGAUGGGCGCGGCCGUUGAUCCGGCAGAGGUACGCAAGUUGAUCCAAAAAAAGCUCCAAUGGGACCUGGAAACGGGCAACACUGAAAAACGCUACUACACCCCGACUUUGGUGGAAAACAGCGAGCCUGUUUUUGACCUCACCUUGAAGGAGGAGCCGGCCGCAACAUUGAAGCACGACCGGCCCCAGAAAGUGCCCUUGUCGCCGAUCCGGCCCAAAUCUUCGGCCAACGAAGACCCCGACGUUCGAAAGACUCUUAAUCGGAUCCUCAACCAGUCGUUCAACAAGAUCAACGAGAAAAACAGUCUUUCAACGUCGCAAUACGACGAGCUCGUCAAGUUCCAGGGAAUCAUGAUGGACUCGCUCGUAUUGAACCCAGACGAACACUACAGAGAUGUAUUCGCCAAGUAUUUGCGCUUGGUGCUGAAAAAAAUCAUGAAGCUCGAAAACAGUCCGCUCAAGGACAAACUGAUACCCAAGCCGGCGCCAGAAAAAGAACGUCCGCGCGAUGAGGUGGAGGAGGUGUUGCUCACCCGCUGGGCGGAGGGAAUGAUCGAACGCUGGAACGAUAAAUUAUAA